GAUCUUACUGCAGCACACAACACACCCCGACACACACAUACACUCUCUCUCUCUCUGAGCAAAAGUUUCAUUGUCCUUAAUCUCAGGUUGUGAGUGUGUGGAGGAGGUGGGCAGGUGAGGGGGCACGCUCACACAAGAGGGAGAGAGAGACUAUGUGUGACCGAGUGUGUGUUUGAGUGAGAGAGAGAGGACAGAAGAGUCCGCGAAGGAGAGAAGGAGGACGGAUCGGAGUCAGACAGCAGGAGGCUGCUCUGACAUGCGGACCGUCUCUGAUCCUGGCCGUGACGUUACCGGCUCUACCUGACCGACGGCAGAUCAGCCUGCUCAGAGACCCGGGAGCCCGUCUUCUGCUCCGUUUCUCCUCCAUAUAUACACCUCUCAUCUGGACCGGCUCGCGUCGCCAUGCCUCCGGCCGCCCGCUCGGUCGGGUACCGACUCCGCAGCACCUUGCCGGCGGCGCUGUGGAUGGGGCUGCUGUGGAGCAGCAUCUCGGCAGGAGAUGAACAAGCCCCCACAUCUGCCCCAUUCACUCCAGCUCCAGCGGUGACACCAGGGAACACAAAGGAGAGCAGCCCUAGAGACAGAAGCUCCAGUGCAGUGCCUGGAGGUUUUCUACAGUCAGUAAUGGCUCAAAAAGGGGAGAAUCUCCCCUCUGCUCUGCCCCAGAACCUGCUCCCUCAUCUGGGCAGAGGACUCGGUGCCAGCUCCCUCCCUGGAAGUCAGUCCCUGCAGCAUCAAAGCGGGGGAUUACUGAGCAGGGAGAAAUCCCCAGCAUCAGCUGCAGCGUCAGGCCGAGGCAGCGAUCCAACUGAGCCUCCUCCUACAGACACACACUCCCAGCUGCCUCACACACAGACACACAACCCUGAGCAGGAGAUUGAGAUUACCAGUGUGGCCACGAUGGUGGACGUGGACACAGAGGCACCUUCAUCGGCUGUGUCGAGCUGCAUGGUGAACUUCUCCGACCCAGAGGGAUACAUAGACUCGUCUGAUGACCCCCCUCUGCUCGACAGCACCGUCUUACACUGCACCUAUACUGUGACUGUGUACAUCGGCUAUGGAGUGGAGCUGCAGGUGAAGAGUGUGAACCUGUCGGAAGGUGAACAGCUGUCGAUCAGGGGUGUGGAUGAACAAGGGUCUCUGCUGGUCCUAGCCAAUCACACGCUGCUAGUUGAGGGUCAGGUGAUCCGCAGUCCCACCAACACGAUGUCUGUCUACUACCGCUCUGCCCUGGAGGGAAGUGUGGGCACCUUCCAGCUGCACUAUCAGAUCUACAGGCUGAGCUGUUCCCUGCCAAAGAGGCCUCACUUUGGGGAGGUGUCCGUGCUGGACCUGCUCCCUGGCGGUACUGCUCGCUUUCACUGCCACAUGGGUUACCACCUGCAGGGGGAGCAACUGCUCACGUGCCUCAACGCCUCCCUGCCAUUGUGGAGUGGCAAGGAACCCACCUGCAGAGCUCUCUGUGGGGGCACGGUGAAGAACGCUACAGUGGGAAGGGUGCUGUCCCCUUCUCCCCAUCACGGACCCAACGCCACCCAGGAUCGCUCCUGCUCCUGGUCCCUGGAGGCACCCAAGGACCAGAGGCUGCACCUCCACCUGGAGAGACUGGCCUUGGGCCCCACAGACAGGCUGGUGCUCUGGAGCGGCCUGGACGCCGGCUCUGUGGUGCUGUUCGACUCGGGACGAAAUGGACAGAUCCCUUUUGAGGGGGUGAUCAGUGAGGGUCCCUCUGUAAGGAUUCAGUUCAUCACUGACCAGCCCAACCACAACACGGGAUUCAACAUCCGCUACGAAGCCUUCGAGCGUGGCCACUGCUACGAGCCAUACCUCCAGAACGGAAACUUCACGACGUCUGACCCGUUGUAUGGGGUUGGAGCUGUGGUUCAGUUUACUUGUGACCCGGGCCACUCUCUGGAACAAGGCCCCCCUGUUAUCGAGUGUGUCAGUGCACGGGAUCCAUACUGGAAUGACACAGAGCCGCUAUGCAAAGCACAGUGCGGAGGAGACCUGACUGGUCCAGGGGGCGUGAUUCUGUCUCCCAACUGGCCGGAGUGGUACGGAGAGGGUGAGGACUGCAGCUGGAGGAUACAUGUUGAGGAGGACAAACGAGUGCUGCUCGAUGUACAACUACUGAACAUCAGUGACAGCGACAUGCUGACCAUCACUGACGGCGAUGAGGUCACGACACGUAUCCUUGGGCGGUACGUCGGGGGAAGCAGCCCCUUCAAGCUCUCCUCUACCACCCCUGACCUGACCAUCACCUUCCACUCUGACCCGGCGGGGCUCGUCUUCGGAAAGGGCGAAGGAUUCAUCAUCAACUAUAUGGAGGUGUCCCGGAACGACUCCUGUCCAGACCUGCCUGAGAUCCAGAAUGGGUGGAAGACGACGUCUCACGUUGCACUGGUGCGAGGGGCUCGUAUCACCUACCAGUGUGACCCUGGUUACGACCUGGUGGGGCGGGAGACCCUCACCUGUCAGCUGGACCUGUCCUGGAGCUCACAGCCCCCGUUCUGUGAGAAGAUCAUGUACUGCUCUGAUCCUGGACAUGUGGAGCACUCCACCAGGUCUCUGUCAGACCCUAAACUCCUGGUGGGCACCACCAUUCAGUACAGCUGCAACCCAGGCUUCGUUCUGCAGGGCGGCGCCACCAUCACCUGCUACGGCCGCGAGCCAGGGACGCCUGUGUGGACGUCUCGACUCCCUCACUGUGUUUCUGAGGAUUCGGUUUCCUGUGAAAACCCCGGUCUCCCUGACAACGGCUACCAGGUCUUAUCCAAGAGGCUUUACCUGCCGGGCGAGUCUCUUACCUUUGUCUGUUACCAAGGUUAUGAGCUUAUUGGAGAGGUUGCGAUUAAAUGCAUCCCAGGAAACCCAUCCUUCUGGAGCGGCCCGCUUCCACUCUGCAGGGCCAACCAUGACUGCUUUGGCAACCAUGCUUUGGAAGUUGCAGAAGCGACUGCCGGCUCUACUCUAGAUGGAGGGAACAUAGCACUAGCCGUCUUCAUCCUCAUUCUUCUGCUGUCUGUGCUGCUGGGAGGUGCUUAUGUCUAUGUUACACGGUGCCGGUAUCACUCCAACUUAAGGCUGCCUCUUAUCUACCCCCACCCUUACCGACAGAUCACUGUGGAGACAGAGUUUGACAACCCACUCUAUGAGACAGGAGGGGACACUCGUGAAUAUGAAGUAUCGAUAUGAGAAGCUUCACAAAAAGACAUUCCUGAAUCAAGAACGACCACCCUGUCCCAAGUCUUCAUGCGCUCCUCCCUCCUUCUCCACCUGGGCGAUGUAAAUACAAAUAGAUGAUGUCCAGCCCCUUCUGCCAUGUGAUUGAUCCUGUUCUCUCCUCCUCUGGUGUGACAGCUUCUGAAGACAUAAUGGGACAUAUGAGAGGAAACAGUGAUGAACCUGUGUGGGUCAGUGUUGCUGGGAGAUGAUGAGAGAUGGAUGACGGAGGGAGAAGUCUGUCGUCUGUGCAAUGAUCAUCCAAAAACCUCGAACAUGGUGAAAAACCAGGAGGAGCUGAAUGUGAAAUGGGACGAAAAGAAAUCAAGGAGGAGAGAAGGGGAAGACUUCGGGGACAGGACACAGUAUGAGGAAUGUGGAAUGAGGGGACUGGUGGUGAAAAAAUUUUCAUUUGUAAGAAAUGUAGUGAAAGAAAUUUGGAAUGUGAGAAAAAGAGAGUUAUCAUGCUUUCAUUCAGUCAAACACCUUUUAUGAUCAGGUUUUCUUUUUGCAACACAGGGUGGCUUUUAUUGUGAAGCAGCCACAGAAAAUGCAAUUUAUUUGUCAUCAGGUAAACAUUUAUUUAUCAUAAAUGCAUCUACAGAACAAGACGCUGUCACUUGUACCAUUUUUUUUUGUUUUAGUUCAGGGAGAACUGGAAAAAUCCAAGCAGCUACAGUGAGUUGAGACAGAGCAGCAGGUGACACCUGCACACCUCCUGUUCCUCAGUGACCAACAACUGACUGUCUCUGUUGUUGUGUAGAAGAUAACCUUGCACCAUGUGCAGCUGGAAAUAAGGCUGCAGCUGCUGUUGACAUGAUGCGAAAUGGAUGUCUACUAGAAGAAUUCUUUAUUAAUACAGGCUGUUUGUUUGGCUGCACUCUAAACUGAUACACCAGCUGCUUCUCUAUUGGUUUUAGAUGCUCAUAGAAGAGCUGUAGUAUUAAAGUGUGUUCAGACAGAAAGUGAAGCAAUUUUUUUAAUGUCUUUGCUACCUUUAUUUAACCUAAACAACAACAAGGUACCAGCUUUACAUUGGGUGUGAGCUAGCUAGCAGCAGAUGCUCUGACCAGGUCAGCAUUUGACUGAACUCAGAACUCAGCUGCAUCGUUUUGCACCAUCUUUGCAUCUAGUCCAGUCUUUUCAUAGACUUUGUAUGCAGCUGCAUCACAUCUAAUUUUCACUUUGCAUUCUCUCUGAACCAUGGAUGUAUUAAAAGAAGUGGAUACUGGAUUCAGAGCCAGCUCCCACUCCCUCGGAUUUUUAGAUUCCUCACAAGCAUCAGCAAAGUUUCUUCCACUUGGCUUUACAUUGAAAUGAGGUCACAUUUUAAAAUAGCUUUUUUAGGCUGUGGGAAAAUUUAGAAAUAUAAAACUUCCAUGGAUUCAAAAUCAGUAAUGCCAGGAGUGAUAUUUCACCUUGUUUGCUGUUUGACAUGUCCUGGUUCCUCAGACAGACAGGUGACAAACUUAAAGAAAAACCUGAAUAAAAUGAGUGGGGAAAUGUAACGAAUGCAGAUGCUGGUAUGUAUUGGCUUAACUUGUCCCCUUAGAGGGAAGGAUCAAUGCAAAUCAAUACAGAGUUGUUCUGAGUGGUCACCUUUAUCUUCUGAUGAAACAGUUCUCUCCUGAUGGGAGUGGUCUCCUCCAGGGUGACAGUGCCCCCAUCCACAGGUGCACUGAAGCUGUUCUGGUGGCACAUGGUGGCCCGGCACCUCACCGAGACUCUCUGUGUUGGGCCGUCCUUUGGUUUGUCACCUGUCUGUGCAUCUCUUUUAUAUUGGUGGGCUAUGGGGACUGUGAUUUUAGGGCCCGGGGAUGUUUUCAUUGCAGUACCAUGAGUGGUCACUGAGACUAGGGGCAGCAAAGUAGAGAGGUGGCACCUCAUCAAGCAAGAACGCCAGUAAAGCCACACUUAAUGUUACCAUGGUAACCACCCAAGAGUCUAGGUGAUACAUUAGCUGGUAAAACAGUGGAGGUGGAUUUUGUUUUUUUUUUAAUUCACACUCAUGAGUCACCCUCUUUGGCCACAGAAUGACAGAAAGAAACAAACUGUCCACUGUCUCCUGUCCCUGAACUCCCUUCUGCCUGCUAAUACCUUCAGACCUUUUAACUCCAGCCGCUCCACUUCUGGCUCUAGCUAUAGUUACGUGGUAUUUAUUUUCAAGGCCAGUGCAGUACUGUUGUCUUAUUCCUCAUGUGUAGUUAGAUUGAUGACUGUCAUAGACUGGCCUCAGAGUCCCCAGGUCUGGACCGGCUGAUGAUUCAAAAGGAAAAUGAGCAACGUGCAUUGUGGCAGGCGUGCAGGUUGCAUUGUGAAUAGCGUAGCUGUAGUUAACAGACUGAUCUUUGAGUGAAAGCUCAAUCAACCCACCAGAUGAUGUAUUUAUUUUGAUGUACUGUAUAUGUGAUGUUUUCUGCAGAUUGAUUAAUGUACAUUUUCAUUAUGAGAAGACAGAUGUUAACAAUUUCCCUAAAAAAUUAAUUGUAAAACUU